UAAUUGAAGGAAAGAGAUCAGAGGAUAUUGCAGAAGAAUAUCUGAUGGACCUAAUUCAUCGAAACUUAGUUAUGGUAAGUGAAAACAGAUCCAUUGGUGGAGGCAAAACUUGUUACAUUCACGAUUUGAUAUUAGAGUUCUGUAAGACUCUGGCGAAAGAAAAAAAUUUUCUUCAGAUCCUGCGUGGAUAUGAUGAGCUUUCUAUCUUUAAUGAGCCUCCCAACCUACAUCGGUUGUCCAUUUGCUGCAGUGAAGAAGAUUUUAUAAAGUCAAAACUAUUUUGUCCAGAUUUAGAUACUCUGCUAUUCUUCAAUGCUACUCGAGGAGAUAAGUUUGGGAUGCUUAAUAUCUCCUCCUUUUUUAGCAUCUACAAACGUCUUAAAGUUUUGAAUUUAGAGGACAUUAACCUAAUGUUGAAGGAGCUUCCAGCUGAAGUCGAAUCACUUCUUUGUUUGAGGUACUUAGCCCUUCGUACAGCUCAGCCCAUGGAAUUCAUUCCACCAUCUAUAGCCAAGCUCUCACAUUUGGAAACCUUCCGUCUAAAUUCUUGCACGACGGUUUCAUUGCCAGAUAGCAUCUGGAACAUGAAGAAGUUGAGGCAUGUACAUGUACAGCGUAACUGCAUUAUUCUUCUCUCUUCCAGCGACAACGUUGUUGAAAACCUCUCCACUUUACCCGAUUUAGACACACUCUCAAAUCUGUGUCUUUAUCUUGAUCAAGAGGGAGAGAACAUAUUGAGAAGGAUUCCCAACGUUCACCAACUUCAAAUUUUCAAUUGUGGGGGACGAAAUAGAGUAUGCUGCAACAUGAGUCGAUUAGAAUGCCUAGAGUCACUCACCUUAGGGGGCAAGUAUUUCUCAGGUUCACGGGAACAUGUUGAGCUUUCUUUUCCCAUGAAUUUGAAAGAGUUGAGCCUUUCCAAUCUGGGUCUUCCCUGUAGAAAAAUGUCAUUGAUUGAACAACUACCCAAUCUUGAAGUCCUCAGAUUAAGAGAGCAGUCAAUGGACGGCCAAAAAUGGGAGCUGAUGGAAGGAGGAUUCCCUAAACUCAGGGUCUUGACUUUGGAAUAUGUAAAGAUUGUUGAGUGGAUAGAGACAGACCCUGACAGUGAUGAUUACUUCCCGUGCCUUCAGCAAUUAAAACUCCAAAGCAUUUCUAAUUUGGAAAUGAUGCCUGCUUGUCUACAGCGUAUAUCAACUCUUGAAACAAUUAAUGUGAGUUCUUGCGGAGAGGGUGUCAAAUCUUUAGUGAGGGAAAUUGAAGAAGCACAGGAAUAUAAUGGAAAUGAGAAUCUGAAGGUCAUCAUCAUAGAUUGAGCUGGUGCAAUAUCUGGGAGUGUGAAGGUCAUUUGGGUGGUCUGGCUUUCUUUGGUGCUUUUGUGGAAGAUUGAGGUGAAAAUUGAAAGGAUCGAUGGCUCUUUUCUUGUCAAGACACGGUGGAAACAAUCAAUGAGAUUUGUACACCGUGCACCAUUUUAUCAAUAUGCACGGCCGCUUAAAGGUUAUUCAGAUAUUUUGCUGUUGGGGUAUUUUGUGUAAUUUCGUUUUGCUGAAUUUAGUGAUGAUUGUGUACUAUUUCUUUUCAAACAUGUGUCAAUUUGCAGUCAAGGAACUUUGUUAUGUUUUGAGCUCAUGAGAUUUGAAUAAUUUUAAAAGUCUCUGUUUCUCAAGUUAUAGAUGGUAAUAUUCCAACCUGUCACUGAUAUCUAAUCUUGGGUUGGAAAUUUCCACCUGCUACUAAGAUUGAUUCUGCUAAAUUAGUUUUGA